AUGCUUUCUAAAUAUCACGAAAUCGGGGAUCUUGACAAACGCGUCAUCGGUCAUGUCCUUUUCUCCCCUCGUCUCGGUCCCAGCACCUCAACUUCCCAAUCAAUUCGCCCGGGACACUCCUUGCAAGUGCAACGUCUUCGCGAUUGGGCUCUUGUUGAACUACAUCAGAGCAAGCAUCAAACACCAUUCCAGGCCCAGGGAGCGUGCGUGGUGCAUCCUGUCAAUGUAGAGGAGCGGGUGCAGAUGGGGGGUGGGAGGGCGCGACGGCAUAAUAGUUUUGAAAGCCUCCUGUUCUUUGAGUCUUCUGGCCCUCACCGUGGGCGUACUGCCAGGUCACUGACCAUGGUGGACCGACAUUGGAACAUCGUCAUUGAGUUCGUGUCAUCUCUCGACAUCGGUAUGGGAUGCCCAAAGCGCCAUGUCGGGUGUUCUCACGAAACACAAUAUCGCACACGCUUUCCAUCAAUGGGCUCUGCUGUUGAGAACGCAAAGCCUUUAAAAUCGAUGUCGCUUGUCCCAUGCCGCUGUUGUGGUCUCACGAAGAGCCGAGUUGCAAGUUAUGCCUGUCGGUUACUUUUGGGUCCUGGAGUUGGUGUACUAGGAGCUGCAGCACCUGGUUUCUGA